UCACGCGGGGCCGUGAGGCCGCGGCGGAGCGGAGGGAAGGGAUGCUCGGCUCCUGAGGGUGCCGCGGCUCUCCCGAGGAUGAGCGCCAUUCCCGAGCCCCCCGGACGCCCCCGGAGCUGCUCCUCCCGCAGCCUUCCCGGCACCCUGGAGCCCGCGGGAACGCCGGAUCCUCGGGAUCCUCGGGAUCCUCGGGAUCCGGAUCGGGAUCAGGAUCACCGGGAUCAGGAGGAGACGCGGAUCCUCAAGGUUUGCUUCUACAGCAACAGCUUCAACCUGGGCAAGAACUUCAAGCUGGUCAAGUGCUCCGUGGCCACGGAGAUCCGGGAGGUGAUCGGCUCCAUCCUGCAGAGCGGCCGCCUGGGGCCGGACGUGCGGCUGGCCGCGUGCUUCGGGCUGCGCCUCAAGCACGUCAAGUCGGACGAGACGCACUGGCUCCACCCCGCGCUGACCGUGGGCGAGGUCCACGACAAGUACGAGUGCCUCCACCUGGAAGCCGAGUGGAGGUACGACCUCCAGAUCCGGUACCUGCCCGAGGAUUUCCUGGAGAGCUUCAAGGAGGACAGGACCACGCUGCUCUACUUCUACCAGCAGCUGCGCAGCGAGUACAUGCAGAGCUACGCCAGCAAGGUCAGCGAGGGGAUGGCGCUGCAGCUGGGCUGCCUCGAGCUGCGGAGGUUCUACAAGGACAUGCCCCAGAACGCGCUGGACAAGAAAUCCAACUUUGAGUUCCUGGAGAAGGAGGUGGGGCUGGACCUGUUCUUCCCCAGCCAGAUGCAGGAGAACCUGAAGCCGCGGCAGCUGCGGAAGAUGAUCCAGCAGACGUUCCAGCAGUACGCGCUGCUGCGGGAGGAGGAGUGCAUCCUGAAAUUCCUGCACACCCUGGCCACCUUCGCCCCCAUCGACCAGGAGAGCUUCCGCUGCCAGCUCGUCCAAGGGUGGAACAUCACCGUGGACCUGGUCAUCGGCCCCAAGGGCAUCCGCCAGGUGACCACCAAGGACGCCAAGCCCACCUGCCUGGCGGAAUUCCGGGAUAUCAAAUCCAUCCGGUGCUCCGGAGCGGAGGACGGCCAGGCUCUGCUGCAGCUGGGGCUCAGCGGGAACCCCCAGUCGCUGGACAUCAAGACGUCGUCGCUGGCCGAGGCGGAGAACAUGGCCGACCUCAUCGACGGCUACUGCCGGCUCCAGGGCGGCACGGAGACCUCGCUCAUCGUCUUCCCGAGGAAAGAUCGCGAGAAGAGGCUCAGCCUCCCGCAGAUCCCGGCGCUGAAUGUCGGCGAGAAGCUCUCCGCGCUUUCCCGCAGCCUCAGCGGCGAUUCGGAAAUUUACGCGGAAAUCCUGGACGAAUCCUCGAGGCCGAGAUCCGGAAUCCAGAACUUCGGGAUCUGCCGUGACGCCGUCGCGCUGGGCCGGAUCCUGGGGGAAGGAUUCUUCGGAGAGGUCUACCAGGGGAUCUACACCACGCCCAACGGGGAGCGGGUGGACGUGGCGGUGAAGACCUGCAAGAAGGACUGCAGCCCCGAGAACCGGGAGAAGUUCCUCAGCGAAGCCGUGCUGAUGAAGAAGCUGGACCACCCCCACAUCGUCAAGCUGGUCGGCAUCGCCGAGGACGAGCCCACCUGGAUCAUCAUGGAGCUCUGCCCCUACGGAGAGCUGGGCCAGUACCUGGAGCAGAACCGGCGCGUCCUGGCCGUGCCCAGCCUGGUGCUCUACGCGCUGCAGCUCGGCAAGGCCCUGGCCUACCUGGAGGCCGCCAACUGCGUCCACAGGGACAUCGCUGCCCGGAACGUCCUGGUGGCCUCCCCGGCGUGCGUCAAGCUGGGCGACUUCGGCCUCUCCCGCUACAUCGAGGACGAGGAGUACUACAAAGCCUCCGUCAGCCGCCUUCCCAUCAAGUGGAUGGCGCCGGAAUCCAUCAACUUCCGGCGCUUCACCGCCGCCAGCGACGUCUGGAUGUUCGCCGUGUGCGUCUGGGAGAUCCUGAGCCACGGGAAGCAGCCGUUCUUCUGGCUGGAAAACAAGGACGUGAUCGGAGUUGUGGAGAAGGGCGAGCGGCUGCCCAAGCCCGAGCGCUGCCCGCCGCUGCUCUACGCGCUGCUGGCGCGCUGCUGGAGCUACGACCCCGCCGAGAGGCCCAGAUUCCAGGAGCUGGUCUGCAGCCUCAGCGACAUUUACCUGAUGGAGAAGGAGCUGGCCGAGGAGCAGGAGCGGAGCAGCCGGCACCGCGCUCCCAAAAUCCUGGAGCCGACGGAAUUCCAGGAGCCGCCGCCCAAGCCCAGCCGGCCCGCGUACAAGCCGCCAUCCCAGAAUAACCUGCUGGCUCCCAAGCUGCAAUUCCAGGUUCCGGAGGGGCUCUGUGCCAGCUCGCCCAGCCUCGCCAGCCCCGCCGAGGGCCGGAGCGCGGCGCAUUCCCGGCGCACUCCGCCUCCCAGCCGGCACGGCGCCUGCAGGCGCCACAGCGGGACGGAGGAGGAAUUCCAGCGGCCGGGCAGCCGGGAGGAGGCGCAGGCGCUGCUGCAGCGGGAGCGGCGGCGCCUGGCGGCGGCGCUGGAGCGGCAGCAGCGCGAGAUGCUGCAGGAUCACCGCUGGCUCCGGCAGGAGGUCCAGAGCCUGGAUCCCAAAGUAUUCCUGCACAGCAGCAUCCCUCCGCUUCUCCCGGAGAAGGAGACGGAUUACACCCAGUUCACGGGGCCGCCCCAGAAGCCGCCGAGAUUCGGGGCCCAGCCGGCGCCCACGGCCAAGCUGGACCGCACGGACGAUCCGGUCUACGGGAAUGUCACGGAUCUGGUCCGGGCCGUGCUGGAGCUGAAGAACGAGGUCGGCCUCGUGCCUCCCGACGGAUACAUCCUGGUGGUCAAGAACAUCGGCCUUUCCCUCCGGAAGCUGAUCGGGAGCGUGGACGAGCUCCUCCCCAGCCUUCCCUCCUCUUCCCACACCGAGAUCGAGGGCACGCAGAAGCUCCUCAACAAAGACCUGGCCAACCUCAUCGGCAAGAUGCGCCUGGCGCAGCAGAAUUCCGGCACCUCGCUGGGCGCGGAAUUCCGGCGGCAGAUGCUGGCGGCGGCGCACGCGCUGGCCGUGGACGCCAAGAACCUCCUGGACGCCGUGGACCAGGCCAAGCUCCGCGCCCGGCCCUGCCCGGAAUGAGGAAGAGGAGCGCGGAAAAACCGCCCGCAUUCCGGCCGGGAAUCGCCGUUUCCCGCGCCUCGCUUUUCCCGCUCUCGGGCGUCCAUCCCGUGGCGUUUUCCAAGGAAAAAUUGAGCUCCGGGGGGAUCGGGGAGGAGGCGCCGGGAUCCGUCUCGGCGCAUUCCCGGCGGUCGUGGAUGUGUCCUCCGAGCGCGGAGCAGGAUCCCGAGGAUUUGGGGAUUUUGGGAUUUUGGGACGAGCCGGAAUUCCCCGGCGUUUCCCUCGGACGUCGCGUGGAAGAUUUUAUUUAUGGAAGAGGCGCUGCUUCUUCCGGAGCCUGCGGAAUUAUUUCGGCGAGGGAACGCGUUAUUCCCGAGUUUUGUGCCAGCGCCGCUCCGGCAGAACCGCGGUUCCGGCUGGGAACCGGGCGGUUCCGCCUUUUCCCUCCGCGUUUUUCCCGCAAUUUUCCCAGAUUUAUUUUGGUUGUUUCUUCUUUUCCCCGGCUGAGAUAAACCGUGUGCCAAAA